UUUUUUUUUAGCUAUCUGUUAGUUGUUUUCAAUAUAACUGAUUUUUUAAUUGAGUCAUAUAUAAAGAAAAAAAGAUGUAUCAUUGUAGUACUCAUUACAAUAAUAAAUAUGAAAAAGCUGAUACUACUAACGAAAUUGAAGAUAUAUUUUUGUUUACGGAACUAUUUCCAAAUGAUCAAAGUAUGAAUGAAACAGAAUCUGCCAAGGAACUAAAAAGAUCACUACCAGCACCUUACAUAGUCGAAAACAAAGAGAAUGAAGCUACAAAAAAGAUUACAACAGAAGAACCAGCAUCCAAAAAUAGCCUUGGUUCAAAGAAGCAUAGGUUAGCUAAAGCAGUAUUCGUAACUUUGUAAUAUAUAUUUAUCUUCAUGUUCGCCUCACUCCCUUCUUCCCCCCCUUUUUUUUUUCUUUUUAGUCGCUAUCAAACAUCUACAAAUAAAGCUGAAAAGAGGGCUGAGCAUAACGCUAUUGAACGCGCUCGUAGAGAGUGUUUAAAUACCAAGUUUCAACAGUUGGCUAGAAUUCUUCCUAAUCUCCAACAUCAUCGCCGUCCAUCUAAAGGUCAAAUAGUAGAAAAGGCUCUUGACUGGGUUAAACAAAGUACAACAAAAGAGAACAGAUAUCAAUAUCAAAUUAUGCAAUUACAAAAUGAGAAUAAAAAACUUUUAAAAGAAAUUAAUAGGGUUAAAGAGCAAUCAUUAAAGGAAACCAUAGAAUCACCCACAUUAUCAUCAUCAUUGCCCACUUAUUCUUAUAAAAAUACUCUCUUUUCUUCCAGUUUUCAACAGCAAAUUCAAGUAAACUCUAUUAAGACUGAAAGAGAUGAUAAUCAUAAUACCUCAAUUACUUCUGCAAAUGAUACUGUAAGCUCUUCUAGCUAUCAUAACCACCAACAAAAUAUAAAUCUUCCUCUAAUGUAUCCUAUACCUUCCCCAAAACAGAAUUGGAAUUAUCUUCAGCACAAUACUUCUUCAUCUAAUAGCUUUAUAUAUGCUCCAGUUGAGGAAAAUCUAAUCUUGAAUAAAUCCUUACAACUGCCAGACAUGGAAUUAAUUCCUCAUAAAGGUGAAAAUAAAUAUAUGUUUUCUAGCGAAGAAUUUUGAACAUGUAAUCAACAGGCGCACAUGAUAGGUGAUUGUACUCCUCAUACUAUAUUUGUAAAUUUGCAUUCAUUAUAAAUUAUCAAAUUAUUAUAGAUUUUUCGAAUAGUUUCCUAAUCAACCUUUCAAUCCUAUUCUUAUAUAUUAGAAAAUUACUCUUUAAGCAUAUAAACUUUAAUACUAAAGACUGAUAUUGCUUAUUUACCUUCGAUUCUAUUAUUCUAUUCUUUACACAUACUCAACUCAGUAUAUAAUAUAUAAUCAAAAAUAAAGAGAUUAUAUCGUUUUU